AUGGAAAAUAUGCUCAUUAAGGAUAAACUUGUUACUAAUAUUGAUUCUACUAAAAAUAUUGAUUCUAUUGCAAACAUUUCUACUGAUGAUGAUUUUGAUGAUGCUGGUUUAAACGAUGAUAACAAUGUUGAUUUAGAUGAUGACGAUGAUGACAACGACAACGAAGAUGAUGAUGAUGAUGAUGAGGGGGAAAGAAACAAUAUUGAUGAUGGUUUUGUUGAGGUAAAUUUGAAUGUCCCAUGUCUUGAAAAUAGAACUUUUGAUGAUUCCUUUGACGAUGCAUACAUAUGUAAUGUUCCUGAUGCUAGUUCUGCACCUCACACUCUUGAAGAUAACCAUUUACAACUUCCUCGUGUAUCCCCUAGUGAUCAUUUUAAUGAAAGAAGUCAUGUUAGUAGUACACCAAGCUCAAAUGCAACAAGUAUUGAUGAAGAUGUUUUUUGUGUUGGUCAAUAUUUUGUGGAUAAGAAAGAGUUGAAGAUGAAAGUACACAUGCUUGCUAUACGACGAAACUUUGAAUUCAAAGUGAAAAAAUCAAAUAAGAAAUUAGUGGUUUUGGUUUGUGUUGACCCCAAUUGUAAGUGGAGAAUUCAUGCAACAAAGACAUAUGCAAUAGGUUUGUUUGUUAUUCGCAAGCAUUGUAAUGAACACACUUGUUCUUUAGAAAUGCGACAAAAUCAUCAUCGGCAAGCAACUUGUUCUAUUAUUGGAGAGCACUUGAAAGCGAGAUAUGAAGGUGUGAAAAAAGGUCCAAAUCCAGCACAAAUAGUUAAUGAGAUUGCAUGGAAGGCAAGAAAGUGCGCACAUGAACUUAUAAGGGGUUCAGCGGCAAACAGUUAUCCAAAACUCCCAUCUUACUUGUACAUGGUCCAAAAGUCUAAUCCUGGUACAUACACUAGAUUAAUUGUUGAUGAAGAACAAAAAUUCAAAUAUUUAUUUUUGUCUUUGGGAGUAUCCAUUAGAGGUUUUCGUUACAUGAGAAAAGUUAUAUUUAUUGAUGGAACUCAUUUGAAAAACCAAUUUGGAGGAAAUUUACUCAUUGCAACUGCACAAGAUGGAAAUUUUCAAAUUUAUCCUCUUGCUUUUGGUAUUGUUGAUUCUGAGAAUGAUGCAUCUUGGAAUUGGUUUUUGACAUGCUUACGAGAUCAAGUGCCUGAUACUACUGAUUUAGUGUUUAUAUCUGAUAGACACAAAAGCAUUAUAAAGGGAGUUCGAAAUGUAUAUCAAAAUGCUUACCAUGGAGCUUGUAUGUGGCAUCUUGGACAAAAUAUAAAGACAAAAUUUAGUGGUAAAUGUUUGAAAAAGUUGUUUGAGAAGACGGAAAAAGCGUACAGAGUUUCAGAGUUCACAAAGUUAUUUGCUGAGAUUUCUACAAAAAAAAAAACCAAGUCUGGCAACAUACCUGAAGAAUGCAUCUUUUGA